CAGUAAAAGUCUCGUUUCAUUUUGUAAUAAUAAUAUUUGUAAAGCAACCAGAAUAGAAAAUGCUACCGAGCUGCGUUAUCCCCGUGCACUGACUAAAUGAAGAAACGCACCCUCAGACUCAAUGGUCUCUACAUGAAAGGGUUUAUAGUUUCGUAGCUUUGACUUCGUUAACUGGUUAACAACAUCAUAUUAAAGCUCUAGUGGAAAUGCAUCCGAAGAUUGCCCAAGGGUCUACAUAAGACUACUUACUUUGUAACAAUAUUGAUUAGGGACUACGUGUUUUGGUUAUCGCGGUCCGUUUAUCCUCCGGUUUAUGGUUGUUCACACACUAAACCGAGAGCUAUCAAGGAAUUAUGUUCAUGGGUGUCUUUAUGAGAGACGACAAGACUUCUUGCUAACUUUGUGUAUGCCUUGUACACGUUGAAUGUUUGAUGACACGAACUAUUGUCCGAGUCUGUUCUCCUGGUAGCUGAUUGAAUUUUAUUAAUACAAUUUUUGUGUUUAUACUAUGCCUAAGGUCGUGAGUCGUAUCGUAGUAACAUCGUCAACUAAAAAGGAACCCUAUAUUUAUUUACGUAUAUAUAAUCGAAAACAACACUUACAAAUGUUCAGUUCCAACGUAAGCAGUACUGAAUUUCAAUUCCAAAGUUAUCAACUUAUUAUUCAUAAUACUAAGUCCGAUUUUUGUACCAAACUUAUGACAGUGUUACGCAAAGUUUGGCAUAUAAUAUUUAUAUCCUUUAAUAAUUGGAGUAUAUAGACGUAAAAAGUGAGAAUUAAUGUAAAGAUUCAACAGAAGAAGAGCUAGUGUAAAACUACACACGACAAUGAUAAAGUGGUUUCUAUUCGUCUUGAUAACAGGGGUCUGGUGCGAAAGCGAUUAUUACGUAGUUGGCCCCCUAUUCAGUACUUUCCCUUGUAAGGACAGUAAUGAUAUAACCAUUUGGUUCGAGGCAGGGCUUCAGCAGAAGGACAACAAUCGAUAUUAUGUUUACGUCGGCAAAACUUUACCAGCUGAUAGCAAGAUGACCGUUAUAUUCGAUUCGCCGGUUAACUUGACGUUAACAAUUAAAACAGAUCAGUAUUUGAGAGUGAGUCUUACACGAUCGACCGGCUAUGCGUUUUAUUUUUACGCACCACACGCGGGGAUGGGCUUCAUCAUCAAAGGGACUGAACCGGGUGUCACCCCGUACUUGACUAGCCUCUCCAUCAACAAUGAAGAAUAUUGUAAUGAACCAAAACAGGGAUUCCUAGAACAAUUCGCAGCGAGGAGCAUAGUCAAGAAUACUGGGGUUUGUGGUAAACGGGCGAUAGAUCACUCCGAGCUGAUAGUGAACGGGGCGGCUACCAAGCCCGGAGACUGGCCGUGGCACGCAGCGAUAUACAGACUGGACGGGUCAACUAUGAAGUAUAUAUGUGGAGGCACUCUCAUAUCCAAGAACUACGUGUUGACAGCGGCUCAUUGCGUUUCCUACAGAGGUGCUAAAUAUCGGAAAGAAAUUUUCAGCGUAGUUCUCGGGAAAUACAAGCUCUUUGGAGAUAACAAGGAAUCAGAGGAAAAGCAAAUCCUCGAGAUUAUAAUUCACGAGCGUUUCGAAUAUCGGCACCUGUACAACGACAUAGCUCUUCUCAAACUAAAAACGGAGGUGGUCUUCAACGACUACAUCCAACCAGCAUGUUUAUUACGAACCGAUGACAGAAAGAAGCUGUCAACGGAUCUUAUGAAUGGAACUAUAGUAGGCUGGGGUUACGACAGUACUGAUGCAUUGUCCCAGACACUUCGUCAAGCGACAAUGCCCAUAGUAGCUGAGGCUACCUGCUUGAGAACCAAUUCAUACUACCUCGAAGUCUUGAGUGAAAAUAGUUUCUGCGCCGGAUACCAUAAUGGUACAUCAGCUUGCAAUGGUGACAGUGGGAGUGCUUUCCAGGUAUUCAUACCAUCUGAUUAUCCAGAUAACACAAAAAACCUCACUGGCACCUGGCACGUGAAAGGCAUAGUGUCGAACACAAUGGCACGUUCCGAUCGGUCUAUAUGCGAUCCAGACGAGUAUGUGGUGUUCACAGAUGUGGAGAAGUUCGUUGAUUGGAUAGAAAAGUAUUUGGAAGAGUAAUAAGUUUACAAAAAUAAUUGAAUGUUAAAUGUAAUAAACCUCUGACUUUUAA